AUGGCGGUUCCUUUCGAAGGCUUGUUGCCAUAUGCGAUCAUGACGGCGUUUUUCGGUCUCGCCGGUCAUGGUGUGGGAUACAUCAGAUACUGGGAUAACGGAUGGAAGAACGACAGAUAUAACUUGGACCCAUGGGACCUCAAGAUGAUGGAAAGAGACCUUCUUUUGACCGGCACAAAGAGAGGCCAGAUCAGUGAUGCGGUUGCUCCUGAGCACUUCAAAACCUCGCACAUCACCAAGGAGGGUUACUGGUCCGCUUACAAAGACCAGUACUUCAGUCUCAGGGAAAGAUUGUACAGAGGCUACGUCUUCGGCACGUGGGACUUCUCGUAA